GAAUGAUCGGUUCCUUGUUGAAACACACAGUAAAAAAUUCACUCUCACCCGCGUUGACAACACGGACCGAGAGAGCGAAGCAGUGGAGAGCAAGUGAAAAUGAGCGAGGACGGGAAGAGGAGCAUCGCGGGAGGUCUGACGGUGAAGCCGCCGAUCUCCGACGAUCGGAAUCCCUCGUCGGCGGCGGCGGCCACCCCUCCCUCCGGCAAGCGCGUCAUCAUCAAGAGCGCCGACAUGCUCCCGGAGAUACAGAAGGAGGCCGUCGACACGGCCAUCGCCGCGUUUGAGAAGCACAGUGUGGAAAAGGACGUCGCGGAGAGCAUAAAGAAGGACUUCGACAGGCGGCAUGGUGCCACCUGGCACUGCAUCGUCGGUCGUAACUUUGGUUCAUAUGUGACUCAUGAAACAAAUCACUUCAUUUAUUUCUAUUUGGACCAGAAAGCUGUUUUGCUAUUCAAAUCUGGCUGACUAUCAUUGUGUCGUUUGACAAAGAUGGUGAGGACGAAAAUGACGAGUCUGUGAUUAAGACUCUAGAAACUGUAUGUAUCAAUUGAAACUUGCUGGCAUGCGAACCUUUCCAGGACAUUAUUGUGCUUAAAUUGUAUAUCUAGUAUCACUUGAGUUUGUGUCAAACUUUAGGCAUCAGAUAUGGUCUUUUAAUACAUAGUUUCGCCGUUUAAUUCCCA